AUGUAUGAAAAAGUAUCUCCCCAGGAUAGACCAAGAAUUCCAAGACUCAAGGGCUCACGAAGAAUCCUAGAAUGCGUUGAGAGAACAAACUCAGUGAUAAAAUCUAGAAUACAAGAUCACUCCAGUAUUGAAGAUCUGAUCGACUGUGUAUACGCAGGGGCGAUUACAGUUUGCGAGGAGAAUUGUAUUCGUCUGUGCGAUAAAGAAUUUAAGCCGAAAGAAGAAAAAAUCCCACCUUGGAGGACGCGUCUGGAAAGAAAAAUUAAUAAUAUUAGAAAAACAAUAGGUACACUACAUACUUACCUGAAUAAUAACUCACCAACCAGGAAAAUAGUUAAACGAGUAUCACGCAUAGCCUCACAACAUCAUAUUGAGUCCCACAACGAACAACUCAGGCAGAAGCUUAUAAUACUAUCUGAUACUCUGAAACAAAAAAUAAAGGCUUUGGGAAAUCGUAUCAGGCGUUAUAAUGAAAGGGUUAAAAGAUACAAAAAUAAUCAACUCUUUUACAAGAAUCCCAAACAAUUCUAUCGCACACUUGAGGGAACUUCCGCAGACAACAAAACUUAUCCAACACCAGAAAGUAUACAUACAACAUGGAAAGAAAUAUGGAGUUACUCGGGAGAUCACGAUGAUGAGGCGUUUUGGAUUAAGGAAGCAGAAGCUGAAUCUAAUAAAUAUGUUAUGGAACAAAUAAUCAUAACUGGUCAAGACAUAAAAACAGUUCUAAAAAAAACAAACAACUGGUCUGCACCGGGGCCUGACGCGAUCCAUAAUUACUGGUGGAAAUAUUUCGAUUCGACGCAUAAUCACCUGGCGAAGCUCUUUCAAGAAGCUUUAAAAAACCCAUCAAUAAUACCUGAAUCAUGCACACUUGGAAUCACGCAUAUGCUUCCAAAAGGAACAAACAAUGAAGAUCCCAAAAACUACCGACCAAUCACGUGCCUCCCGACGAUAUAUAAGAUACUUACGGGAAUACUCACACAAAAACUGUGGAGACAUGUUGGCAGGUACAAUAUUAUGGCACGUGAGCAGAACGGCUGUCGAAAGGAUGCUAAAGGAUGUAAGGAACUACUGAUCAUCGACACUAUCAUAACAAAGCAGGCAAAAAAGAAACAACGUAACUUGUCCAUGGCGUGGAUUGAUUAUAAGAAGGCUUAUGAUUCGAUACCACACUCAUGGCUAAAAAAAGUCCUGAGGCUAUAUGGGGUAUCUGAGACAAUAAUCAAUCUACUCGAACAUCUAAUGGGAACAUGGAGAACGCGGUUGCAUGUAAACACAGACAGAGGAGACUACACAACGGAAGAAAUCAAAAUCAUGAGAGGAAUAUUUCAGGGAGACAAACUAAGCACCUUGUGGUUCUGCCUUGCAAUAAAUUUGUUGAGCAAACUGCUCAACGCAUCCAAAUAUGGCUACGUGAUAGAGAAGAGGAACAAUACCAGAAUUAACCACCACCUUUACAUUGAUGAUCUCAAACUGUAUGCAGCCAACGAAGAACAAUUGAUGAGAGAACUCAAAAUAGUAGCAUCAUUCACUGAAACCAUAAAAAUGGAAAUGGGGUUGGAUAAGUGCGCUGUAUUACACGUGAAGAGGGGAAAGCUAACAGAAGGAGAAGCAAUGAAAGUUCAAGAUCAAAUUACAAUUCAAACACUGGGACCAGAAAGAACAUACAAAUACCUAGGCAUCCAACAAGGCCUAGAAAUAAGAAACAGUGAGGUCAAAAUCAUAUUCAAGGAGAAAUUCAUAAAUAGACUCAAGAAAAUCUUACAGAGCAAAUUAAACUCCAAAGCGAUGUUCACGUCAAUAAGCACGUGGGUGGUACCUUGCUUAGCCUACUCAUUUGGAAUAAUCAAAUGGUCAACCACCGACCUUAAGGCUCUCGAUACACAGGUUAGGGGACUCUUAACAAGGUAUGGAAUUCAUCACCCAAACGCCUCUGUCAACAGACUUUACAUACCGAGAAAGGAUGGAGGAAGAGGACUACAGAACAUUGAGACUACACACUACAACACAGUCAAAGAAAUGAGAGAAUAUUUCAAAUCAAAAGACUCACCCUUCUUCAAGGCACUAUCUGCAGAAGAUAACAAUAUAACAACAUUGAACUUGUCAUCGAACAGUGAUCCACCUGCACCCCCCUCAAUCCAGGAGUUGUCCGAGGUAUGGCAAGGCAGAGCACUCCAUGGUAGAUUUCCAACAGUCCUGAAACAUAGAAAAAUAGAUAGAGAUCGAUCACUUACAUACCUUAAAGCUGGUUACCUUUUCCCAGAAACAGAAGGCAGAUUAACAGCCAUACAGGAUCAGGUUGUGGCCACCAGAGCAUACCUGAAAAACAUAAUAGGGAAAAAUAUGACCACAGAUAAAUGCCGCAAAUGCUCACAAUCACCUGAGACAAUCCAGCAUGUCACCUCGUCCUGUUCUAUCCUCGCACCUAGAGAAUACACUGACCGCCACAACGCCAUGGCAAAAGCAUACCAUCAAGCAAUUGCCAAAAAACAUGGAUUGCUCGAAACAACACGGCCGAUAUACGAAUACUUACCAAAAGAGAUCCUAGAGAACGAAGAGGUGAAGCUUUACUGGGACCAUCCACUCAUUACAGACAGAUCCAUCCCACAUAAUCGGCCCGACAUUGUUCUCUUCGAAAAGAAAUUAAAGAAAUUAAUUAUAGCUGAUGUCACCAUCCCAGCUGAUGACAAUAUUGAGAGAGCAUAUACCGAGAAGAUUAUGAAGUAUCAUGAUCUGUCUUUCGAACUAAAAGAAAUUUAUGGACUUACCUACUCGACAAUCCUUCCACUCGUCAUCACAACUAAUGGCUUAGUCGAAACACAUUUGCUGGAGAACACAAUGAAGCUCGGACUCGAUGAGAGCGUAAUCGGCGAUGCACAGAAGGAGGUUAUCUUAUGGACCACACGAAUCGUACGCAGGUUCCUUACGAGCAACUGA